AUGUCUGCUACUGUCUCUCGCCGUCGUAGCCUGCGUGCAUCACCACGAUCUUCUAGAACAAAACACGCCAUUUCCUACGCUGAGCCCUCCUCCGAUUCCGACCUUGACAGUGACUUGGACGAGCUGGGGGAAUCAUCUUCACGCCGUACAGUACGGUCUCGGGUACAGCCUAGAAGGUCUAGCAGGCGAGCUGGCGCAUACCAAUCUGACAAUACCGAGGAGGACGAGUUGCUAGAUACUGAACCAGCCCAACCGCCCCCCUCUCGACACUCUACCCGUAAAGUCCCAAUCCGAGGGAGCAGAAAAUCCAAUACACUUCCAGGAAGCAUCGACUAUCGACCAAAACGUCGCACAUACCACUCUGAUGAGUCCGACGACGAACUCCCAAAGACCAAGAGACGCAAGACGAUUAGGCCGCCAACUCCAAAAUCUCCUAAAUCACUUGCAAACUCCUUCACCAGUAACAAUAUCGUUGGUUCAGGGGUCAUUCCACAGUGGCAAAGCCUCCCAUACCACGUCCUCCUGCAAGUUUUCAAAUAUGCAGCCUACCCUCUCUAUGAUGUUUGCACAUUUCAGCCUUCGCUAUCUGCAACUUGGCUCCUGAAAAUGGCCAGGUUGUGUCGCCAGUUCACAGAACCCGCGCUCACAGCUCUAUAUUCCUCGCCACCUUUAGUCCCUAUGGUUCAAGCUCACAGGCUGGUUGAUAUAUUACGAAGUGACCCUCGUCAAAUGGCAUUUGGAUACAGACAGAAAAUCCAGUCACUUCACAUUGAUGUUGGUCAAGUCGUUGCUUAUUCUCUUACGGGUAGCGGACACCUGGAUCUUCGAGACCUGAUAAAAGAUCUGCCACGCUUGGCGGAUUUGGAGCUGUACCACCAAAAAGACAUGGCACCCUAUCGACAGUUAAAUGAUAAUAUCAAGUGGACAUAUCCAGAGUCAUUCUUUGAUGCCUUGGAAUACGUCGACCCUGCAGCUGACCCUAUGAGGGGUGAUAAAACCAGCGUCUGUAGGCUGAGAAGCUGGCGUUGGUCAAGAAGACUCGCUGGGAGUAUAUGGGAUAUUGAGAAGAUGCGUGAAGUCCAUCUCAAACCAUCAUUUUCCGCACUUCGGAAGAUUGGUUUUGUUGACUACCAGAUUCCUGAUGGCAAAGGAGUGCACCCGAGACAAAUAAUACUUGCUGAUUCGUUAAAGCCGCUGAAGAAUCUCCAGCAUUUGGUUUUCGAGGCAUCGACCAUAUGUGACGAGGACUUGUUGCCUCUGCUGCCCAAAAACUUGCGACAUCUAGAGUUUAUUAAUUGCGCAGGGUUAGAGGCGGAUCAUAUUGCUGCAUUCCUCCUCACGCAUGGCAACCAACUUCGGACUUUGGUUCUUAACCAUAAUCAGAGACUUAGCUUAGGCUUCUUGCCUGUUCUUGGGAUUGCUUGUCCGCAUUUGCAAGUGUUCAAGAUGAACUUGUCAUAUUAUAAUGGGAGCACUGCUUAUCGAGAUUCAGAGCCAUUGUAUGCUCAGCUCUUGCUUCCUGACCAGAUUCCAGUCUGGCCAACAACUCUCCAAACCAUUGAGUUGACUAACAUGCGCAAAUGGGAGACCGAUGCUGCAGAAAUGUUUUUUCAAAGUCUUCUCGAUAGCGCAGCAAACCUUCCAGACUUAAGGAAGUUGGCACUGCAGUGUAUUAUAAGUGUUGGGUGGAGAGACAGGGCAUCGUUCCGGGAGAAAUGGAUUGGAUCUCUAGACCGAAUUUUCAAGAGAGUCUCCGAGCCUCCUCGACAUAUUGUCAGCAUUCGAUCUUGCGAUGAGCCGGAAGCUGACACGGGGCCAGUGGUUCAUCCGAAGGUUAAGACGGCCAUACCAAUUCGAGAUCGCACAAUGCCGCACAUCAGCUAUGGUGGCUCAAGUUCAACUGAAGCCACGGCACCUUCACCUGCUCGACGCUCCCAACGCACGGCGACUCAGCCAGGCCUCUACGCUGAGUCCCCCGACAACUCGGAUGCAGAGCCUGAGGCUGAGUACCAACUUCCUGAUAAUUAUUUCAAAAGCUCACGCCCCAAUGGUCUUGCGCGUGAGCUCGCCAUCCUGAAGCAAACAGCAGGCAUAGACAGCCCAUCCGACAACCCAUCUUCACCCGCCGCCGCCAGCUCAGAUGACGAUGAGCCGAUUCUUAAUAAAAUCAAGGGCAAGGGCAAGGGCAAGGCACGAGAGGUCAUUCAGGGCAUGUGCGAAGUUGUUGAAGUUAGGAUUGACAAUCUGAGACCGACCGAGGUGCAAGUCACAGAAGCUGAUUUCUUGGAUGAAGAAGCGUCUGGCGAUGAGGAUUGGAACGGGGAAGAUCCUGUUGUUGAUGGAUAUGCUUGGUAA